AUGGGAAACGACAACAAAGAUGCAGUGUCGGACUUUCAUCAGAGUGAGGAUAAACGAAUGUUCGUUUGGUACCAAAUAACGCGGUGUCAAGUGAAUGUGAUGAUGUAUAAUUUGGACAAAGUAGCGCCAUGCAUAGAACAAAAGUGUGACGAAUCAGCGUUGUGUGCACAACAAAAUGAUGUUAAUGUUGUAAAAGAAAUAGUUAUGCAAAAGAAUUCAGAUCUCAUCUUGCGGUGUUUGUUAAUCGUUAACAGUGACAUCGAUGAGUGUGCUGAGGGAUCACACAACUGCAGCGUAAAUGCUGUGUGUAACAAUACCAAGGGAUCCUACAAUUGUACCUGUAAACCUGGAUACCAUGGAGAUGGAUUGACGUGCGAAGGUCUGUUUCAUUCGUGUUCAGAAAUCUACAAAAGUCGAAGAUCAAAGGAGAAUGGAGCUUAUCAACUUCUAGUGGAUCAUGGGAAGUUGAACGUUUAUUGUCACAUGACCGAUGACCUGGAGGGCUGCGGGGUUGGUGGGUGGACGAUGGUAAUGAAAAUGGACGGCAAAAAGUCAACCUUCCACUUUGAUUCACAACUCUGGAGUAACAUGAGUGACUUCAAUCCUCAAGGAGGGGAGACUGGGCUUGACUUUCAAGAGACCAAGCUACCCACCUACUGGAACACAUCCUUCUCCGAGAUCUGUCUAGGGAUGAAGAUUGGUAAUCUGUCCAAGUUCAUUCUCGUCAAAAUGCAAGCCAGCUCUUUGUACUCGCUGAUCGCUGACGGACAACAUCGUAAGACGUCACUGGGUCGCAACACGUGGAAGUUGCUGAUUGGCUCCGAGGCAUCCUUGCAAUUAAAGUGUAACAAGGAAGGGUUCAAUCCCACUUCGAUAGAGAAAAAAAAUUCCAAAGCUAGAAUCGGUAUCAUUGCCAACGAUCAAGGAAAUUGCAAAACUUGUGAUUCCAGAAUUGGUUUUGGCACAGGUGGGUAUGGAGACGAAUCCAACACGUGUGGGAACGAAGCAAAGCACAAUUCAGAUAACGGAGACAAACACAUCAAAGCCAUGGGGUACAUCUUGGUUCAGUGACAAAGAAAUCGAUCUAAUCUUGUAGAAAUGACCAUGAGGCCAGCCCUAAAGGACUU